AUGAAUGCUGAGUCCCCAGGAGGGGAGAGAGACAGGAACAGUGCAAGGAGGCUACAGUGUCCCCUACAAGACCACAACUCCAAAUGGAAAAAAAAUGUCCCCAUACCUCCACAGUCUGCAAAGAAAGUUGACAUAUGGGAAAUAAAGCCUCCUGAUUUCAGCUACAAACUGUACACAUCCUCGACAUUUCCAGAAAUACCGUCAAGGACCAUUAAGGAAGAGCAAAGGAGAAAUCAAAGCACAUUUCCAGAAAGCAGGCUUCAGUUGCCCAGCAUAAAGACUUGUCCCAAGAAGGCCACGUCGCCCAAGUUUGUGACUACAUCUCCACGUCAAGAUCUACAGAAAACAAAGUUACUGUGUGUGAAGAAUGGAAAAUAUCCCCCAGGUGUACACAUCAAUCCCAAACCACAGGAAUUUCGACAGCACCAACCCGAAUUGCCAAACUUUGAGACAACUUAUGAACGGGACCCUUUUGGAUUAAAAUUAAAGUCACAGCUCUUAAGUACGGUAACAAGCCAGCGACUGAAAGAUGAUAAACAGAAGAAUAGAAGAGAAAGAUUUAUCACCCACAAGUCUCCUGAGUGCACCUGGGAUACAAAACUAAUUUUAUCAAAAUCCCUGUGGCCCGUUAAACCUGCUUCAUACACACGACACAGGAGGUGGCGUGAUGCAUACAGUGCAUUUAUAGAGCGUGUGGAGGAAAAGUUGGCAAAGACAUGCAAAAGCAGGUAG